AAAAAAAAAAUUAUUGCAAUGGGAUGAUGAUGUUCUUCUCGAUCGUCAUGUCAUGCAGACAGUGUAUAUAUAUAUAUAAACGCAGCUUUCCUGAGAGAUCUUCGUUUUGGGCCUUCUUUGUUAUAAAUUCUUCUCGAUCGUAAUUGCUUGAAUUCUAAACUGUGAUCGUCUUUUUGUUUUUCGAGAGAUCUUUCGGUUUUGUGGUCCUUUUGCCUAAAUUGUGCCGUUGUUUGACGAACAAACAAGAACAAUGGCACAAUUGCCUCCCAAGAUCCCGCCCAGCAUGGCCCCGAAUUGGCCCGACUUCAACCCCCAUGGCAAGCUGCCACCGCCGGCCCACAACCCGCUCUGGGUCGAUGAGUUCCUCGACUUCUCUUCUGCGAGGCGCGCUGCACACCGCAGGUCCGUCAGUGACUCCGUCGCCUUCCUGGAGUCUCCAGCUUCCGCUGCGGCGGAGGAGCACUGCUGCAGCGGGGAGGAUGGCGGUAUUGACGACCACCACCACCACGAGUUUGACAAGUUUGAUGACGAGCAGUUCCUCUCCAUGUUCACCGACGAGAAGCCCGGUGGCCUCGGGGUGGGGCCCAUCCUGUCAUCCUCCGAUGGCGGCCCAUCAUCCCCGCCGUCUGAUCACAACAGCAUCAACGAUCAGAAGCAGUCGCCGUCUCCUCCUGCAGGAGAUCAGAAUCAGCCACAGCCGCAACAACCUCAACAACCGAUGAGGAAUGAAACCGACGAGGCCGAGAGUCUCGAAGCGCAAGGGGCGGCUGAAACUGCGGGGAAUUCCGCCCAAAGGAUUGUUGAUCCUAAGAGGGUAAAGAGAAUAUUAGCAAACAGGCAGUCUGCACAAAGAUCGCGGGUGAGGAAGCUGCAAUACAUAUCGGAGCUCGAACGCAGUGUGACUUCCUUACAAGCUGAAGUCUCGGUGUUGUCGCCAAGGGUUGCAUUUCUAGACCACCAACGCCUGCUCCUGAACGUCGACAACAGUGCUCUCAAGCAGAGGAUCGCUGCUCUUGCUCAGGAUAAGAUCUUCAAAGAUGCACACCAAGAAGCUCUCAAGAGGGAGAUAGAGAGGCUGAGGCAAGUGUAUCAUCAUCAGCAGCAGCAACAGCAGCAGCAGAACCUUAACAACGACACUGAGAAUAAUAACAAUGCCGAUCCCAAGUCCCCACCCCCUGAGAAUAGUCCCAACCCUUCUUGAUUUUUUUUUCAUCCUAUCGAAUAGCAAAUUUUUUUGACCAAAUUAUCUAUCCAAAUUACAAUCUAACCCCUCCCUUCAAUGAUUCUUUUAUCCAAAUUCUCCUACAUUUUUCCUACGUAUCCUUAUGGUGAGUCAAUUAUUAUAUAUUAGCCAAUCUGUCUAGGCAUCAAAUGAAUCUCAAUCAGUUACGCGUCACAUUGGAUGAUCCAUGAUACCCCGAGAGUCGUGUGGGGCGCCCACGGGAUAGCUGGAGCUGCCUGCGAACCAAACUGGCAUUUUUAUUGGCUACUAUAUAUGAUGUUUAUGUAUGGCCAUUUGGGAUGGGAUGGGAUGGGAUGUGAAUGCAGUGAAUUAAGAUGGAUGGGGUCGGAUGCCAUGUGAAAAGAUAUCGCGAUGCUCUGUGCUGUGGGUGGUGGACUGUGCAUCCACGUGGGGUGUCCACAUCUAACGGGUGGGCCCCCCCUCACCCCCGGGGUUGAAGAUGAUGAGGGCAGUGGGGAUGCACGUGCGCACGUGAUCCCAGAAAGGCAAGAUACCCCAGCACCAGCUGUAUGGAACAUUGUCUUUCUUCCCUAUUACUUCAGAUCUGAAUUUUAAUAUUUAUUAUUUUUCCUCUAAUCAUUUCCUGUCCUUUUUAGAAAAUUUGUAUGUUUAUCAACCAAGGUUGAUGAGCAAAGAAAAAUUUGGGCUGGUGUGGUCAGAUUUGUCAGGAAAUUAUCGUUCUUCUUUUUCCCUAUUUUUGGGGUGGGGAUUUGCCUUUUUCUUUUUUCCUUAUUUGUUCUUUUUACCCCCUCUUGUGUCUUAAUUAUUAUUUUCCUAGAUGGAUACUUCUAGCAAUUGUAAAUAUGAGUUUGAGAAUA